AUGUAUUACGAAUCUAAAGGCUCUAUGUUAGUCAAAGUUACCCCUCAGGACCAAAGUUGGUUACAAGGUUAUUGUUGGCCUAGAUGUUGUCAUCAGUUGACCUAA